CCAGAGCUGCGUGCGCGCCGAGACAGCGCGUCUAGGUACGAGAGUAUACGCGGUGCAUUAUGGGGCGCAUGCGGGUAGUUCGUGAUGACCUUUGUGUAAGGACGACUGAUUUAAAGAAGCCGCGGCCUCAAGCCUGCCUCGGCCCGCCAGUUAUGGAUCCUGAUGACCUGGAAGAGCUGGCAGUGAAGCUGCAAGGGAAGACUGUUGGUGGCUGGGGCCUUGUGCAGCUUGCAGCUGGCACAGGUUUUGCUGCCUAUGUUAUGUGGGCAGGAAUUCUCAUGCCUGGCUUCCGCAGAGUGCCUUUAAAGUUACAGGUGCCAUAUGUACCAUCAAGUGCCAAGCAAGUUGAGAAUGUGAUGUCGCUGCUGAAAGGACGCUCUGGGAAGAUGGUGGAUUUAGGGUCAGGAGAUGGCAGAAUUGUAUUAGAAGCAUAUAAACGAGGCUUCAGACCAGCUGUUGGCUACGAACUCAACCCCUGGCUGUUGAGACUCUCCAACUAUCGCGCCUGGAGGGCAGGGUGUUACGGGAAGGUUUUCUACCAUCGGCAAGAUCUAUGGAAGGUAAACGUGUCUGACUGCAACAACGUCUCUGUGUUCCUAGCUCCCAGUGUGCUACCUCUCCUAGAGACAAAGCUGCUUGCAGAACUGCCAGACGAGGCCCGUGUGGUGGCUGGACGCUUCCCCUUUCCCACCUGGAUGCCAACCACCAAUGUUGGAGAGGGUAUAAACAGAAGCUGGGCCUAUGAUAUCAAGACUGUACGGCAAACAAAGAACAAAUUUGAGGGAAGCCCAGAAUGAGUUGAGAGCUCAGCUGCAGCUGGGGUUUACAGCCUGGACAAUAGCAUUGGAGCCUCUGCAAAUGUGUGUGCUUUUUUAGCCACUCAGAACUGCUCUGGAGGGCAAAUGCUGCCAUAGUGUGGCUGUUCAGCUGAACAGCCCAGCAAGCAUGGGGGGUGGGGGGGGGUGUUGCAAUGAGAAGGGAGGGGUGAUGAUUUGCCAGACUUUACCCCACGUGCUCUGGCUUCCCUAGAACCAGAAUCCUGGCAGAGCUGGGGUGCUGCUUGCCCCUCACUGUAGACAGAGCCAUUCUGGACUGUGUUCAGAAUUCCCUGGGGGGAAGGCUCAGUAAUGCAGCUUCUGCAGGUCUCUCCUUUUCUCCCUGCUAAUCAAUUCCCUGUAGGUCUUCCUCACAUAAUCCCCACCCAGCAGGUCCUUCUCCAUGGAACAACUCACCAUGAGUGCAGAGCAGUAAAGUCUCUUCAGGGCCCUGUGCAUAAGAGCAGCUGAGCUCAAAUCCUAACCUGAACCCUACUUCUACUCCUCUCUAGCUCAGACAGGGGUGAGGUGGUGGGAGUUAGCACCGGUGAAGCACAGCACUUUGCAGCUGUUACAAUGCUAAAGGCAACGGUCUAGCAGAAGAUGAAGGGAACCUGUUAAUUCAGGUGCAUAGUAAACUGAGUCCACCAGCUCUGCAGUAGACUAAGUUUGGGUGAUGGUUCAACCCACUCUGGUGCUGCACUACCCUGAGGUAUCAGCAAUGGUGCUUUGCGGCUACUGAGCACUUCUGCAAUAAAAGGGAAAUCUUUAUGGCCUGCUGGAGGGAGGGAAACUUGACAAAACAAGAUAAAGGGGGAACAAAGCACUGAGUUUUGAUCUUGAUUUUUAGUAAAUUUAUUUACCUCUGUAGAGUCAAAUGUAUACUGCUGAUUUCCUUCUCAGCAAGUCCUAGUCCUCUAGUAAGAGGGCCCUAAUGUGAAGAGCACUUGCUGGAGUGGAUUAUCUCUUGGUGUGCCAGAGCACUGAAUACUACAGCCAGGCAGCAACUCCGUUUUAUAUCCUUGUCUUUGCUAUGAUUGUCAGGGCCAUGGCAAAAACUACAGUUGAGGGCUGCUGGUCCUUUUGGAUCUCUGCAUUAAGUGAGCAUCAGAAGCCCCAGCACUGAAUGCUCUGGGUGCCUCGCUCCCUACAAGUUUCCUUAACCUCAGGAUCUCCUGCUUGUACCUGCAAGAAACACAGGUUACAAAGAAAAGCAAUGUCAGCCUUGCAUCAGCUGUGGUCAUAAGAACUCUGCUGAGGACUGAGAUUGUAAAGCCAAUGUGAGGCUGAAGCCAAGUUCCCAAACGCUAUCCAGACAGGGGGAAAACUACAGCUAAGGGCAGUGCUACAUUUGUCCCAACACUUCAUGUGAACUGAUACCUAGGAACUCAGCCAAGGGAUUCCAUCAGCAACAAACCUGGGAGUUACACCAGGCAUGAUUUUGGUCCUCUGUUUUUAAGAGCAAUUAGUUGCAGUUGUACAAACUAAGUGUAAUAGCACCUCGUGGUGGUGGAAGCACUAGCAGCUUGUCUCCCUUGCUGUGGCUGUGAUGAACCAGUUGUUGACAGGUGACAUGUUAAAUGAGUUACAGAGUGGAAAGGCUUUGAAUUCUAGAGUCUUCCCCACUCACCCCCUCUUUAGCCUCCUACAUAGCUUUCAUCAUCUGCAGUGUGGGCUGCAGCCCAGAGGAAGGAAAUAUUAUGUCCUUAGAAAGAACAGAUGCAAACUCCCUUGAUCAUGCUGAGCUACUGAUAAUGCCAGCUGCUCACACAGCUGGAUUCACUUUCAAACAUUAGCUGGGCUGCACUGUGGGAAGGCAGCACUUAGGUCAGGUGUCUACACUGGAGCAGUUACCGCAGUAUUCAUCAGCCUUGUAAGUCAGCCUUUUGCAUGGGGCACAGGACAGAUGAAGGGAUCCCCAUCUCACCUUGCAAGAUGCUUAUCUACAUAUUCCUGCAGCUCCAGCACCUGCUCUUCUGCCACAAUUGCCUGAGUCAGCAGCUGGCUUCUCUCCCUCUCCAGAUCCUCCUGGGGGCAGAAAUAGCAAGGAGAGAACAAGAAGUGAUAAGGGAGUGCUUUGUGGGAAGCACUGGACUGGUGCUGACUCUCCACUCUGAAGUGGUCAUCAAAUCAGAGGCUACUGAAUUUCUCAUGCACGCAUCCUCCAGCCCUGAGAUUUCUGGGCAUUAAGCUAAAUAAGCUGCCCGGUUAACUGAAAAUCAGAACAACAUUCAGACACAUGAGCCUCCCAAAAAGCCAAACCAUCAGUGUUCAGUGCCCUGAAAACAAUGACAUCCUGCCAGUGCAGCCAGCUUGGAGACACUGUCAGGUGUAUUGAGAUGGGCUGAGAGGGGAGGUGCUGUUUAAUACCAAAGCCUCCUGUUACACGACCAGCAGGAAAGAGUGUUAAAUCCAGUCCUAAAACACCCCCAGUUAUCCCCAGACAACCGCCUCACAACCUACUCUCUCCACUAGGGCGGUGUGGGGAUUGGUAGUGUGGCUUCCAGAUGUGCAGCACUGGAAUGUAUAUAACCUCCAUCCCCUUCCCUUGCAAGAGUUUUUAAAGAGAUCUUCCCUUUAUAAUAAUAAUCUCUGGCUCUUAUUUAGUGCUUUUCUUCAGUAGAUCUCAAAGUAUUUUACAAAGGAGUAUUAUCCUCAUUUUACAGCUGGGAAAACUGAAGCACAGAGUUGUGCUAUGACUUCCCCGAGGUCACCCAGCAGGCCAGUGGCCAAGCCGGCAUUAUAUCUCCUGAGGUUUUAUUACAGUGCUCUGUCUGCUAGGCCACACUGCUUCCCUCCUUUAGUCCUUGUCUAAAUGAAAUUUAAAAAAAAACAACCAACCAUGUGACCACAGAGUGUUAUAUGAUUUCUCCUAACUUGUAUGGACAGAAGAAAUGAUAGGAAAGCAUGUUUUGCUUCGGUGUCUAUAGCUAAUCCAGACUAGGAAAUUGAAGCCCUGCUGCAAAUGCUUCCAGCAGUUGUUCCCCCCAACCCAGCACUGAAAGUGAUUGAAGUGCUAGAGUACUACAGGCAACAGUGUUUCAGAAACUGUGCUUGGGGUCUCUGCGACAGCCUUUCCUCCUGAACGUUUCCCUUCUUUGUAUUCACCAGUGGUAGUAAUAAAGGGAGCGCUAGUGUUUUUAACUGCCAUGCCAACCAACCCUGCUCAGGGCAAAUCUAGACAACAUGGUGGUAAAACUGCCACUGGCCACAAGCAGCUUGUCUGCUCUGGAGCUGCCAGUGGUGUUAUCUCCCAGUGGAGCUGCACUGCUGCUGGUGCACAGAUGGGAAAUGUUUUGGAAGAGCUCCAGCAGGUAGCAGCAUGUUAGAUCAAGAAAAGCAUCUAUCCUGGGAAUGAACAUGUAAUGAUAACGGUGGCAGUGACCAUUACAAUUGCAGAAGUGCUUGGUCUAUGCUUAGCCCUCUUUUCAUUCUGUCUCAGAACAGAAAGCAUUUUACCUGCGUGCUAUGUGUGAACUCCUGGAGCUGCUUUCUGAUCUCUGCCCAGCCCACCUCAUCCAGCUUGCUAGGAUAGAGCAGCAGAUGUUAGUUACAAUCAUGUAUACAAAGCCAGACCAUCCCUAAACCAUGGGGCUUGGCAUGGCCGCCAGACAUGCUACUGCCUUUUCAGCAGCCCAGAAAGCAUAAAUUUCAGAUCAUCUUCCAGCCUGAUUCCCUGCAUGGCUACAGAGCACACCUCUAUUCCUUCACCUGCCUGGGCAAUGAGAGUCACAGGUCCUAUAACCUGGAUCUCUGCUGGGGUGGCUGGAUUUGCCCUUAGUUUACAUCAUCAAAACAGACAUGAGAAGGGACUCAGUGCAGAAAUAAUCGUUAACCUGACUCACUAGGGUUGAACUUUAAGGGAAAAGAGGUGAGAGGCAGAACAAAUGCCAAACACUAGCACUUACUUCUUUUUGUGCUUCUGCACAAAUCCAUACAUUCUAAAGUGGAGUGUAAAAACGGUGACAGAUGAGCUAAUUAUGAAGAAAUAGGCAGCCAAGCCAUGGGAAAGUUCUUCCUAUUCUGUCCUGGACUUAAUAAGCAAAAUAUAGGUCACAUCUGAUGGCCAGGGGUUUUGAUUAUAUAGAAAGAAUGGUAUGAAAUGAGAAAUGCAUUGUGUUCAAACUCUAGCCCAUAUAGAAGUUAAAGGCUUAAUUGGGAUUGAAAGAGCUCCCUCUGGUGUCUGUGUUAACAACUGGAAAAAAGUGAGCUGUAGCUCACGAAAGCUUAUGCUCAAAUAAAUUGGUUAGUCUCUAAGGUGUCACAAGUACUCCUUUUCUUUUUGCGAAUACAGACUAACACGGCUGCUACUCUGAAACCUUUCUGGAAGAAGGGGAUUUUAAUUUUAUGUAAGUAAAAUAGUUAAGAGAUCAAAAAUAACAGCAAAAUACAUAUGUCUAAAUAGUAAUGGAAAUACAGCAAUAGCUCUCAGUGAAUCAACUCUGUUAACAACAUGCAUUUGCAGUGUUGUAGCUGUAUUGCUCUCAGGAUAUGAGACACAAGGGGGGUGAGGUAAUAUCUUUUAUUGGAUUAACUUCUCAACAGAAGUUGGUCCAAUAAAAAAAAAAUUCCUCACCCACCUUGUCUCUAACACCUUGUCUCUAACAAUAUGCAUUGUCAGUCUAGUAAAAGGAGGGAGAUCAUGGCAAGGAUAUAAACAGAAAAUAAAUGUCAUUACAAGUAUGGAUAGAACACAAGCCUCUAAAAGAAACUUAACAGGAAGAUGCAUCACUAAGGUCCAGAUUCUGCUACUUUUGUCCCUUACUCCUCAAGUAGUCCCAUUGAAAUAAAUAGAUGCGCUCAAGGAUUAAAGUACUGCUCAGCAUGGGAAAUGAUGGCAGAAUCAGGCAUAGAGCUAGCGCUCAUUUCUAGAGACACUUGGUAACCAUGUAGCUUAGGGUCUGACUGAUUCAGAAGAGUUACAUAUUUGGAUCUCUUUAAAACUGGAUUUCUGUUUGAAAUAUGUCACACUAGAGACUCCAUGGUAAGGCUUUAAAACAGUUUAUAUUAUAAACUGAAUUCUCUUUCUCAUUCACACACCCCAAUUUCGAGGGCGGGAGGAUGAUUUCCACCUACCAUUUCUCACAUGAAGUAUUCACAGAAAAGCGUUCAGGAAAGUGUCAGAUUAAUUGGACAAGUAUUCUGGUUGAUAGAGGUUCAUAUCCUACCCUCAUCACCAGGGGAUCUAAGCACUUUCCAGUAGCGCAUUAAGAAAUUUUACUAAGGUCUAUUACGUGUCUGUUCUCUCAUCCUCUUCCCAAGGAGAGAAUUGGGUGUGCAGUGUCGUGUUCUGCUGUGGUAGGGUAUUUACAAGAAUGAGGUGUUGAAGAGGGGGGAAUUUUUUUCUGAAAAUUAUUCUCUCUGUCCACUCAUAACUCCAAAGCAGCUUCAUCUAAGAACUCCUAGCUUCUGUUAUACUCUAAUCUGCAGUGACAAUAGUGCAUGGGACACCUUGACCAAGCUGGAGCAUAAAAGCUGUUACUCAUUAGAGACAGAGCCUGAUACUCAACUGCCCUGCCCUGGUGCCAUUGUGUAGACUUGUUGAAAGGAAGUGCCAAGUGCAUGUGAAAUGGUAACAAAUCAGAUGACUAGUGUUUUACGCCCACUUUGUCCUAGUGUCAAUCACUGCAUGAGGAAUUAGGCAACAGAGAAACAGGCCCUGAAUUUGUUGGUCUUAUAUGUAAUAGCUUUUGGGAGGGGUCUAGUACAAGCUCCACUGUGUAAUCUAAGCUUUCAUUGAAAAAGAAAUAUGUUUCUAGCCCUCUCUGUUGGGAAGACAGAGUCCUCUGUGCUUACAAGUUUAGCAGGGUGAAGUUACCAAAAAAUAAUAGGCUAUUCAUGGUGGAAAAAUUGUAGUCCCUCCAAGUUACUCUCCCUCUCCCCUCAUCUGCCAAUCAUCAGAAUUUCUACUGAUUCUUCAAGUUCAGCAUAGCGUGUAUCUUUAAACACAUGCCCAUAGUGUGGUAGUACUGAGGACAGCAGCAAUGGCAGGCCCUUCUCACCCUGUAUACUUCCCUGCUCUUGAUUGCAGAAUCUCCUCUUAGUUCCUGAGUCACUACUACUUCCUAUCACUAGAGCCCUGCAAAUCUGCGGCUAUCCACUUUGUAUCCACAGACCAUGUUUGUGGAUCAGAUGCGGAUAAAAAACUUUGUAUACGCACAGGGCUCUACCUAUCACUGCUGCCUGGAAAGAUGGAUCCCUUAGAGAGAAGUGUGGACAGUGUCCUCUUUAGACCCUAAGGACAUGAGACCAUGUGUGUCUCCUGCAGCUGCAGUGCCCCCUGCAGGAGGCAUAUUUCUAAUCUUAACAGUUUUAUACUAACACAGGGGUCAGCAACCUAUGGCACACGUGCCAAACACGGCACGCGGGCCAAUUUUUAACGGGACGCUGCUGUCUGCCGGAUCCGGGUGGACAGCAGCGUGCCACUAAAAAUCCUGCCUGGCCCGGCCCACUCUUUUCCGUGGACGAUCAGCUGACGGCCCUUGCUACGGAGGGGGAGAGGAAAAAGUGGGUGAGAGGUAAAAGCGGAGCCGCAGCGCGCUCUCUGCUCCAGGGAUCUUGGGGAAGGGGGUGGAAUCAGGGCAUAUCCCCUCCAGCCCCCUGCCAUGAGCCGCUCAGGGCAGGGGGCUGGGAGCACCCCCACAACCCCAGCUCACACCCCUAGCCCUCUGCCCUGACCCCUGUACCCCCCCCCCACAACCCAGCCCUCUGCCCUGACCCUUGAACCCUCCUCACACACACCCAGCCCUCUGCCCUCACCCCUGCACCCCCCACACACCCCAGCCCCGUGCCCUGACCCCUGCACCCUCCCACAUUCCCACCGGCACCCCUCGCACCAAAUGGGAGCUGCCCAGGUAAGCACUCCACACCCAAACCUCCUGUCCCAACCCUGAGCCCCCUCCCUCAUUCUAGCUCCUGACCAGACCCUGCACCCCAACCCCCAGCCUGCUCCUUCACCCCCAGCCCUGUUCUCAGCACACUCCCACCCUCAUCUCAGUGCAGAGAGAGGAAGAGAAUGGCUAGAACCAGGGAGAAGGUAGGUACCUACUCUAUGUGGACAGGGCCAGGACUCCUGACCGGCAGCAGGCUGAGCGGGGCCGGCAGCCGGGACUCUGGCUGGCAGGAGCUGGCGGACAGAACCCCAGACCGACAGCAGGCUGAGUGGCAACGGGCCGAGCCGCUCAGCCCACUGCCAGUCUGGGGUCCUGGCCACCGGCCCCGCUCAGCCCACUGCCAGUCGGGUUCUGGCUGCCUGCUCUUUGCCAGCCAGGGUCCCGGCCGCAGGCCCCACUCAGCCUGCUGCCGGCCUAGGUGAAUGGAACCCCAGGCCGGCAACGGGCUGAGCGGGCCAGCAGCGUAAGAUCAGCAUUUUAAUUUAAUUUUAAAUGAAGCUUCUUAAACAUUUUGAAAACCUUGUUUACAUACGACAAUAGUUUAGUUAUAUAAUAUAUAGACUUAUAGAGAGAGACAUUCUAAAAAACGUUAAAAUGUAUUAUUGGCACGCGAAACCUUAAAUUAAAGUGAAUAAAUGAAGACUCGGCACACCACUUCUAAAAGGUUGCCGACCCCUGUAUUAACAUCUGUUCUCUCUCUGUGAGCUCGGUAAUUAGAGUCUCAGUAGAAUAACUGAGUAGAGAGGAAAGAAAGAUAACUCAUCAAAAACUACUGAAUAAGUGACAAGCAGCCAAAUCUAGGAGGUACCAGACACAGUUGUGGCACACCUGCACCAACCCCUGCUCCACCCAAAACUUGCAAGCGUGUUCAUGUACUGUGAGAAAGCAGAAACAAGACUUCCCUGAUUCUUUAAGGACACAGGUAGUCCCAUUUAAAUCAAUGGCACUACAAGUAUGAUUAAAAUUAGGGCUUCAAUGGCUACCUCAUUUCCAGACUAAGCAUGCUGUACCUGACAAAACUGACUUUUCCACUUACAUACGUUUUUGUACAUAUUAAAUUAUUUCAGCCAG